ACACUCACUUACAAACUGCCAUGUCUGAAAAAUUGAAGGAAUUCAUUGACAUUCCCCAGCAAUUCGUUCGCGACGGAAACCAGUUCCUUACACGUUGCACGAAACCAUCGCAGAAAGAAUUCAUUCAGAUCUGUAGGGCAGUCGCUGUUGGCUUUGCUGUCAUGGGUUUCAUUGGAUACUUCGUAAAACUCAUUCACAUCCCAAUAAAUAAUAUUCUUGUCGGAGGAGCAUAACUUAUUCAUCCCGUUAAUAUGUGUCCCAUUUUCGCGUGUCAUGUACCUCCAGCCUAGUUGGACAUUGAUAGUGUUGCUGCAGAGGCGAAUCGAAUCAAGGUGGAAAAUUCUGGUAAA